AUGCCUUACUUGAGAAUGGCAGCUGAGAACUCUUCUGUGACAGAGUUCAUCCUUGCAGGCUUAACAGACCAGCCAGGACUCCGGAUUCCUCUCUUCUUCCUGUUUCUUGGUUUUUACGUGGUCACCAUGGUGGGGAAUCUGGGUUUGAUCACGCUGAUAGGGCUGAACUCUCACCUUCACACACCCAUGUACUUCUUCCUCUUUAACUUAUCUCUUAUAGACUUCUGCUAUUCUACUGUCAUCACCCCCAAAAUGUUAAUGAGUCUUAUCUCAAAGCAGAACAUCAUCUCCUACCCUGGGUGUAUGACUCAGCUCUUCUUCUUUCUUUUCUUUGUCGUCUCUGAGUCCUUCAUCCUGUCAGCAAUGGCAUAUGAUCGCUAUGUGGCCAUCUGCAAUCCCCUGAUGUACACGGUCACCAUGUCUCCUCCGGUGUGUCUACUGCUUUUGCUGGGGGUCUAUGUGAUGGGUUUUGCUGGGGCCAUGGCCCACACAGCAUGCAUGCUGAGAUUGACCUUCUGUGACAACAACCUCAUCAACCACUACAUGUGUGACAUCCUUCCCCUUCUCGAGCGCUCUUGCACCAGCACCUAUGUGAAUGAGCUGGUCGUCUUCAUUGUUGUGGGUAUUGACAUUGGUGUCCCCACAGUCACCAUCUUCAUUUCUUACGCCCUCAUCCUCUCCAGCAUCCUCCAAAUUCGUUCCACAGAAGGCAGGUCAAAAGCCUUCAGCACCUGCAGCUCCCACAUCAUUGCAGUUUCUCUUUUCUUUGGGUCAGGGGCAUUCAUGUAUCUCAAACCAUCUUCCCUUUUACCUAUGAACCAAGGGAAAGUGUCCUCUUUAUUUUACACCAUUGUCGUGCCCAUGCUCAACCCAUUAAUUUAUAGCCUGAGGAAUAAGGAUGUCAAAGUUGCUCUGAAGAAAAUUUUGAGCAAAACUUCAUUCUCCUAA